AUGUGCCUUGACGGUAGAUGUGCCUCGAAGUCCCUCCCCUCUGACAUCCCCAUCCCCCUCCCUACAGCCCUGUUCCAUCCUGUCUACAGAAUGUCUCUCACAGACUACAAAGAUGGCGCCAUUCCUCAAAUGGACUACAAAUAUGGUCCACCCUGCCCUAUGGAAGUUGAGAACUACAGGAAGAGACCCACAAUGCCUUCUUUGGACGAUGGGGAUGAUGGCCGCAGAGGCCUGCCCAGUGUCCUAGAGGUGAGGCGGGUUCGUCUGUGGUCUUUGGGGACCCUGAGGAGUGUCACAAAGGUCAAGGUUAUCAGCUUCCUGCUAGGAUUGACGUUGACCUUCCUCAUCAUGGCUUCUUACAUUUUAACCUGGGAUAAAAAGGGUUUGAUGCUGACCCUGUCACCGUUCCACCUCAGGACUAUAAUCAACCCCAGCAGCACCCUCUCCCAUAACCUGUCCUCUACCAAGGACUAUGCCAACAUUAAGCUCCUGGUGAAGUGCAUUACAUCUAAGCUUGAGUUCAGCCCAAGGAAGCUGCCUCUACUGAAGGACGUUGUCAAUAGUGACUCUCAUGUGAGUAUGAGCAAAGUGUCUGGCCUGUUGUUUCAUGUGUGCUGUUUUGUCUCAGGGCAAAAAUCCUUUCAAUCAUUUAUAAAAGCAAAUAAGAUAAUAGCUUCAUUACAAUUGUCUAGAAGUGUUUGAAAAGUAUUUUGACAUUGUAUCUGUUUUGUACUUCCCAGUUGUUUUCCGUUAUUCCUCGUCAAUUUCUCCCCAAUAUCAAGAGUCCAUGCUGGUAUGAGGAGCUCUCUGGGAAAACCAAAGUGGAUCCUUACAGGAAAAACUUGUAUGCAGUUCGCUCCAAGAGCUUCCGGACUGUCUGUGACUACCUAAGGAAUCAUUUCCAGGAACACUUGUACCACAGCGAAGACGACAAGCAAUACCGUCUGCGCUGUCUGCCAUAUUUCUACAUCAUUGGCCAGCCCAAAUGUGGCACAACGGACCUGUUUCACCGUCUGCUGCUACACCCGGAGGUCAAGUUCACCACCAUGAAAGAGCCCCACUGGUGGACAAGGAAAAGGUUUGGUAAGCACUAGUCCCCCGUCUUCACUUUGGUAGAGCUGCCAAAGAACUUGGCUUCCAUUGAUUUGGAUGAAACACUUUUAUUGGCUUCAACAGCCUUUUCACCCUGCCAAAAUACAUUUCUAGGGGGAACCACCAGUGAUAUGUGGAAUAUCUUCUUUCCAUUUAUAUUCAUAUUAUAUCUAUUUUGAGGUAAUACUGUGUGCCUCUUUUCCUAAUUAUUGUACCUACAUUCUAGACUGUACACUAGUAACAAUAUAACAGAAUGAAAACCCAUAUUCUAUGUUAAUUGUCCACUUAUAAUGUUCCCUACUGUUAUUUUUCAAAACCUCCAACUAUGAAACUUGUAGAUUUGUACAGAGAGAGUAAGUGUUGUUCUGGACCUCUACUGUAGUGUAUGGGUGAUGGAUGAGACCAGGUCCAGCCCUCCAGACUAGUGUCUGUUGUAAUUCCUCUAGUUGAAUGAGAUGUUUCAGAGUCUGAAAGGCAGCGUAGGUGUCAGAUCGCACUCUGAGGAGAGCUAUACUGUUGAUCACACAGAGUGCAUUGAUUGCAGGCUCCAUCGCCAAGUGGGUUUGUGGGCGUUCAAAGCAGCAGGGGGAAAUUAUUUGGGAUGUUGAUCUUUAUGCUGACAAUUGAAUCAGAAAGGCAGCUACAUCAGGUCUCCUGGGGCGAUCUAGUAUGAAGUCUUGAUCUUCUCUGAGCUCUGACAAGUGUGAAAAUAUGGACAGAACUUACUCUGUCUUUGAUCACCUUUGGCUGACAGAGAAGUUUUAGUACAACACUUUGAGAAAGUCUAUGAUAGAUCAUAGAUGGGAGUGGACGGUAGUGAAAUUUGAUGACGUCAUUGACCAUGGUAUUGCUCUCCCUUGCAGGUAUCAUCCAUCUUAAAGAUGGCCUCCUGGAGCGUUUCCCUGUGGAGGACUACCUGGACCUGUUUGAACUGGCUGCCUACCACAUCCAGGAGGGAAUACUGGGGAAUACCUCUGGAGACCACAGUCAGCGACACAUUAUUACAGGUAACCUACAGGUCAUCGUAGGUCAUUUCUAUCUACAGGAUACAUCUUGAAUUAUAAUCAAAUAAAAAAGUAUUGGGAUGUACUCCUUUCAACAAACUUGUGUGUGUUUGUUUGUGAGAAGGAUAUGUUGUGUGAUUACAAACCACCUUCACUAUUCACAGCCAGUCCAGAACCUUUGACCCUGAUUAACACCAGAAGACUGUUUGUUUCUCCUCUCCCCCAUUAUCAGUUCUCUCACUCUAUUUAUUCACUCCAUUCCCUCUUAAUUGGCUCUGCACUAAUCAGCACGAUAAUGCCAACACUCAAUACGGACCAUUAAGGACAAGGUUUUGAAGUAGAAUAUUGUUGCUAAAGCCAUCAUAAAGUCCAGUGUUAUUUAGGAAUUAUGAGAGGCUACCACUGUUGUGUUAUAUGCAGUUUUAAGUGUAAUCGCAUAAUGGGUAUCACAAAAUCAGUUUGAUUGACAGGUGAAGCAAGCGCAUCCACGAUGUGGGACAACCAAGCCUGGAGCUAUCUCUAUAACGACCGGGCUGGGGAGCCUCCUUUCCUGGCCCAGGACUUCAUCCACGCAGUUCAGCCCAACGCAAAAAUCAUUGUCAUGCUCAGAGACCCAGUAGAGAGGUACAUACACUACCGGUCAAAGGUUUUAGAACACCUACUCAUUCAAGGGUUUUUCUUUAUUUUUUACUAUUUUCUACAUUGUAGAAUAAUAGUGAAGACAUCACAACUAUGAAAUAACACAUAUGGAAUCAUGUAGUAACCAAAAAAGUGUUAAACAAAUCAAAAUAUAUUUUAUAUUUGAGAUUCUUCAAAUAGCUACCCCUUGCCUUGAUGACAACUUUGCACACUCUUGGCAUUCUCUCAACCAGCUUCAUGAGGUAGUCACCUGGAAUGCAUUUCAAUUGACCGUACGUACAUACCCCAACCAGAAGCCAUGGAUUACAGGAAACAUCCGCACUGAGCUAAAGGGUAGAGCUGCCGCUUUCAAGGAACGGGACUCUAACCCGGACGCUUAUAAGAAAUCCCGCUAUGACCUCCGACGAACCAUCAAACAGGCAAAGAGUCAAUACAGGACUAAGAUUGAAUCGUACUACACUGGCUCUGAUGCUCGUCGGAUGUGGCAGGGCUUGAAAACUAUUACAGACUACAAAGGGAAGCACAGCCGCGAGCUGCCCAGUGACACAAGCCUACCAGACGAGCUAAACCACUUCUAUGCUCGCUUCGAGGCAAGCAACACUGAAGCAUGCAUGAGAGCACCAGCUGUUCCGGAUGACUAUGUGAUCACGCUCUCCGUAGCCGAUGUGAGUAAGACUUUUAAGCAGGUCAACAUUCACAAGGCCGCAGGGCCAGACGGAUUACCAGGACGUGUACUCCGAGCAUGUGCUGACCAACUGGCAAGUGUCUUCACUGACAUUUUCAACAUGUCCCUGACUGAGUCUGUAAUACCAACAUGUUUCAAGCAGACCACCAUAGUCCCCGUGCCCAAGGACUCUAAGAUAACCUGCCUAAAUGACUACCGACCCGUAGCACUGACGUCUGUAGCCAUGAAGUGCUUUGAAAGGCUGGUCAUGGCUCACAUCAACAGCAUUAUCCCAGAAACCCUAGACCCACUCCAAUUUGCAUACCGCCCCAACAGAUCCACAGAUGAUGCAAUCUCUAUUGCACUCCACACUGCCCUUUCCCACCUGGACAAGAGGAACACCUACGUGAGAAUGCUAUUCAUUGACUACAGCUCAGCAUUCAACACCAUAGUGCCCUCUAAGCUCAUCACUAAGCUAAGGAUCCUGGGACUAAACACCUCCCUCUGCAACUGGAUCCUGGACUUCCUGACGGGCCGCCCCCAGGUGGUAAGGGUAGGUAACAACACAUCUGCCACACUGAUCCUCAACACGGGGGCCCCUCAGGGGUGCGUGCUCAGUCCCCUCCUGUACUCUCUGUUCACCCAUGACUGCAUGGCCAGGCACGACUCCAACACCAUCAUUAAGUUUGCCGACGACACAACAGUGGUAGGCCUGAUCACCGACAACGAUGAGACAGCCUAUAGGGAGGAGGUCAGAGAUCUGGCCGUGUGGUGCCAGGACAACAACCUCUCCCUCAACGUGACCAAGACAAAGGAGAUGAUUGUGGACUACAGGAAAAAAAAGAGGACUGAGCACGCCCCCAUUCUCAUCGACGGGGCUGUAGUGGAACAGGUUGAGAGCUUCAAGUUCCUUGGUGUCCACAUCACCAAAUAACUAUCAUGGUCCAAACACACCAAGACAGUCGUGAAGAGGGCACGACAAAGCCUAUUCCCCCUCAGGAGACUGAAAAGAUUUGGCAUGGGUCCUCAGAUCCUCAAAAAAUUCUACAGCUGCACCAUCGAGAGCAUCCUGACUGGUUGCAUCACCGCCUGGUAUGGCAACUGCUUGGCCUCCGACCGCAAGGCACUACAGAGGGUAGUGCGUAUGGCCCAGUACAUCACUGGGGCAAAGCUUCCUGCCAUCCAGGACCUCUAUACCAGGCGGUGUCAGAGGAAGGCCCUCAAAAUUGUCAAAGACUCCAGCCACCCUAGUCAUAGACUGUUCUCUCUGCUACCGCACGGCAAGCGGUACCGGAGUGCCAAGUCUAGGUCCAAAAGACUUCUCAACAGCUUCUACCCCCAAGCCAUAAGACUCCUGAACAGCUAAUCAUGGCUACCCAGACUAUUUGCACUGCCCCCCCACCCCAUCCUUUUUACGCUGCUGCUACUCUGUUAAGUAUUUGUGCAUAGUCACUUUAACUCUACCACAUGUACAUAUUACCUCAACUAUCUCAACUAGCCGGUGCCCCCGCACAUUGACUCUGCAACGGUACCCCCCUGUAUAUAUAGCCUCCCUACUGUCACUUUAUUUUACUUCUGCUCUUUUUUUUCUCAACACUUUUUUUGUUUUUUUUGUUUUUAUUUUUUUUAAAUAAAUGCACUGUUGGUUAAGGGCUGUAAGUAAGCAUUUCACUGUAAUGUCUGCACCUGUUGUAUUCGGCGCAUGUGACCAAUAAAAUUAGAUUUGAUUUGAUUUGAAUUAACAGGUGUGCCUUGUUAAAAGUUAAUUUGUGGAAUUUAUUUCCUUCUUAAUAUGUUUGAGCCAAUCAGUUGUGUUGUGACAAGGUGUGUGUGUGUGUGUGUGUGUGUGGGGGGGGGGGGUAUACAGAAGAUAGCCCUAUUUGGUAAAAGACCAAGUCCAUAUUAUGGCAAGAACAGCUCAAAUAAGCAAAGAGAAACGACAUUCCAUCAUUACUUUAAGACAUGAAGGUCAGUCAAUACGGUCGAAAAAAAACAACAUCAAGAGCUAUGAUGAAACUGACUCUCAUGAGGACCGCCACAGGAAUGGAAGACCCAGAGUUACCUCUGCCGCAGAGGAUAAGUUCAUUAGAGUUACCAGCCUCAGAAAUUGCAGCCCAAAUAAAUGUUCAAGUAACUGACACAUCUCAACAUCAACUGUUCAGAGGAGACUGUGUGAAUCAGGCCUUCAUGGUCGAAUUGCUGCAAUGAAACCACUACUAAAGGACACCAAUAAGAAGAAGAAACUUGCUUGGGCCAAGAAACACGAGCAAUGGGCAUUAGACCGGUGGAAAUCUGUCCUUUGGUCUGAUGAGUCCAAAUUUGAGAUUUUUGGUUCCAACCGCCGUGUCUUUGUGAGACAUAGAGUAGGUGAACGGAUGAUCUCUGCAUGUGUGGUUCCCAAAGUAAAACAUGGAGGAGGAGGUGUUAUGGUGUGGGGGUGCUUUGCUGGUGACAGUGUAUUUGAUUUAUUUAGAAUUCAAGGUGCACUUUACCAGCAUGGCUACCACAGCAUUAUGCAGCGAUACGCCAUCCCAUCUGGUUUGGGCUUAGUGGGACUAUCAUUUGUUUUCAACAGGACAAUGACCCAAGACACCUCCAGGCUGUGAAGGGCUAUUUUACCAAGAAGGAGAGUGAUGGAGUGCUGCAUCAGAUGACCUGGCCUCCACAAUCCCCCGACCUCAACCCAAUUGAGAUGGUUUGGGAUGAGUUGGACCGCAGAGUGAAGGAAAAGCAGCCAACAAGUGCUCAGCAUAUGUGGGAACUCCUUCAAGACUGUUGGAAAAGCAUUCCAAGUGAAGCUAGUUGAGAGAAUGCCAAGAGUGUGCAAAGCUGUCAUCAAGGCAAAGGGUGGCUAUUUGAAGAAUCUGAAAUAUAAAAUAUAUUUAGGUUUGUUUAACACUUUUUUGGUUACUGUAUGAUUCCAUAUGUGUUAUUUCAUAGUUUUGAUGUCUUUACUAUUAUUCUACAAUGUAGAAAAUAUAAAAAAUACAGAUAAACCCUUGAAUGAGUAGGUGUUCUAAAACUUUUGACCAGUAGUGUAUUUUGAUUUGUUCAACACUUUUUUGGUUACUACAUGAUUCCAUAUGUGUUAUUUCAUAGUUUUGAUGUCUUCACUAUUAUUCUAUAAUGUAGUAAAUAGUAAAAAUAAAGAAAAACCCUUGAAUGAGUAGGUGUUCUAAAACGUUUGACUGGUAGUGUAUGUGGGAAUCUUAAUUUGACCAGUUUCUCACAGCAGGAAAAUAAUCCUGCAACAACAGGACAUUUAAAUGAUUAUGUGGAUUGUAAUUAAUGGACAUUUUUGUAGGGGGUUGAUAAAUGUUUUGUUAGGGCAAAUCAUGUCUGACAUUUUUAAGUGGAAUUUACAAACUUUAGAAGCCUUUUUAAACCUUGACUACACCAUUCUCACACAACAGGAUGAUCAAAUUAAGUCCUACACCUGUAGGACUCAGUAAUGUUUUGGCAUGCUGUCACAGUUUUCACUAUAGCAAGGUCUGUGCAUUUGGUCAAUGUAACUGAAGAAAGUAUGUUUUCUGGUUGGUGUGUGUGUCUCCCUGUGGUUUAGGUUAUAUUCAGACUACCUGUACUUCAACAUGGCUAACAAGUCUGUGGAGGACUUUGACCUGAGGGUCUCAGAAUCCCUACAGCUGUUUCAGGCUUGUUUAGCAGAAAACUCUGUGCGUUCCUGUGUCUACAACACUAGCCUCUCCAAUGCCAUGCCGGUGAGUGGGACUCUUAUGAAAAGUAAUACAUAUGCCAUUUAGCAUACAUUACUCUUAUUGCUGGCAUUGAAAAUGUACAAAACUCUCUAAUUGUAGGUUCGUGUUGAGCGAUUAGUGAUUAGUGCUUUUUGAGGUCGGUUCGGUUAUAAAAAAAUAAUGACGGAUUUCGGUUUAGAAUUAUAAUUUUUACAUUAAAUGCAUUAUGAAAUAAUGACAUUAAAAUAAUUUAGAGCUUUUUAAUGGAAAUUCCAAAGCCAAAAAUAGUGAACAUUCAAUUUCCAAAACAUUCCAUUGUCUCUGUCACGUCCACAUUGGAGAGCUGUCUAACGAAAUCAUUUUACAAGUUCUUCAAUUACAGUGUGCUCCAAAAAGUAUUGGGACAGUGAAGUGUUUGUUGUUGUUUUGGCUCUGUACUCCAGCACUUUGGAUGAAAUUAUACAAAUAAUCGUGAAUAAUGAUGAGUGAGAAAGUUACAGAUGCAAAUAUCAUACCCCCAAGAGAUGCUAACAUCCUCCCCUGUUGUAAUGGUGAGUGGUUAGCGUGUCUUGGGGGUAUGACAUUUGUGCGUCUUUCUCACUCAUCAUUAUUCACGAUUCAUUCAGGAAUAUACGUAGUCAUGGUAGUAUCCACAUUAAUGUAGAAGUGUUUAGAAACAUAUUCUAUUCUAAUUUACAAUAAAAGUGACUCCAAAAUGACACAAUACAUUAUUUACCAUUAAUUUCUGUUGGUCACAAAAUAAUCUGAACCAAAACAAACAGCAAAUGCAUCCAACAAAUGUGUAGAGUCACAAGCUUUAUGUAGUCAUUGCGUGCUAUGAAUAUGGGACCAAAUACUUAUUGAAACUGACAGUCUGCACUUUAAUCUCAUAGUCAUUGUAUCAUUUCAAAUCCAAAGUGCUGGAGUACAGAGCCAUAACAACAACAACAUUGUCACUGUCCCAAUACUUUCAAGACUGCUUAUUACCAACUACUACAACUAUCAAUGGGGUAGAGCUACCUCACAAACCUUCUCUAUAUCUCUCAUCAUUGUGUUGUGUACAUUCCUCUCUCAUGCGGUCUGUGUGUAGGCUAUCCAUCUCUGUCUGAGCCGGGAAGAACAGGCACAAUGGAUUAUAGUAAUUGUAGUUAAUUACCAUGUUUCUCUUCUGAACUAGGUUGAAUAUUUGCCUAAUGAAAACUACAACCACAAUGUGCCUUUAAUCCAGCAUCCCACAUAGUUCUUGACUCAAUUUCUGUCUUGAAUUAUUUUAUUACUCUCUAGAGAAAUAGAGUGUUGAGCACAUAAAAAAACGAACUAAAUGAAAUUCAAGUAAUUUAACUGACAUUGGUCAAUCAGUUGUUUAAUAACAGAACCCCCCCCCCCCCCCCCCCCCCCCCUCAGCACUACCAAAGGUAUUCAAGGUAAAUGCAUUGGAAUGCAAUAUCCUGUUGUAUCACUGUUCUUGGUGGAUAGUGUAUUGUCUAGAUGGAAAUAUAAGUCAAUAUUGUGCAAAAGCAAGAAGAAACACUUUGUUUGACUGCAUUUAUUAAGAGAUCUGAUUAUGUAGUCAAAGUGCAUACAAAGUUAAACAGAGAUGGCUUUGUCUAUGCCAUGUUAUGAAUCUUUUUCCAGGCCUUAACUAGAUUGAUUCCAUGCCAAAUUACGAUCCAUAACUCAGGCCUUUUAUUUUCCAUGUCUAAUAGGAUUUGUUAUUGAAAUCACGGCCACUUCCUGGAAGGUGGUGAAAAAAUGCUUUGACAUAUGCGACAGUAGAUCUACUGACUUGAUUACUCAUUAACUAAUCAAGAACCGUGAAGUUUCCUUUCAGAACUGAUUCAACUGAGAUGCACUUACUGUAAGUCAUUUAGGAAGUAGUCGUCUCUGGAAAUAUUGGAAUUUAUUUCUAGAAAUUAUAUUAUCUUACUGUUUUAAAUUGAUAUUGGCUCAGUUUUAUACAGGCACAGUAUGUAUGCUUUGUUUAGUUUAUUAUGAUCCCCAUUAGCUGUUGCACAUGCAGCAGCUACUCUUCCUUGGGUCCACAAGUUUUAAUGCUGUAAACAUUUCCUUACUUGGCUGCAGCUGUCAUAGUCUGGGGCACAGCUAGUUUACAUAGGAAAAGCACAAAUCACUAGAUACCUACAGCCAGAUAUACACAGUACUGUUCACAUUGUUCUACAUGCAUCUCAGCCUGAUUUGUGGUAGUAAUGUUAUUGUAUUAGUGCCAACAUGGUGCUCAGAGUUCCGUGUGUACCUAUUAAGGCACAUAAGUAAAAUGUUCAGCACCGUGGAUGUCAUUGUCGACCGACAUGGAUGUCGACCUACAGUAGCUCCCCGUUUUACAUUUUACUUCUGAAUCCAUGCUGUUGAGCUUAUGAUCAUUUAAAAAAUAUUUCAGCCUAGCUCGAUGUCAAAAUGUAAAGUUCAUCCUCUCAGAAGGUGCCUCCUCUCUCUCUGCUGCAUCUGCAGAGACAUAAUUACUUUUGUCGGUUGGUCUCUAGCACUCACUGCAGGUUAGCUUGCGUACUGUUAACAGGAGUCAUGCUGUGCCUUUAUCUCACCAGUAUUCCUAUAGCAUGUAGCUUGUUCUCCACCUUAACAAUGAAUCCUUGGUAGAAGUUAUGUAAAUCUAAUGGAAGUCUUACAUGCAGUGUUUGUUGUGAUCCUCUCCAGGUCAGACUGAACCUGGGACUAUAUAUUGUCUUCCUACUGGACUGGUUGACUGUGUUCCAUAGGGAUCAGAUCCUAGUUCUGCAGUUAGAAGGCUACGCUGCUAAUCUGAGACUCACCAUACAUAAAGUCUUUGACUUCCUAAACGUGGGUACGUACCGGAAAAAAAAACAGUUAUUCGAUUGAAUUCUACAUCAACAUCCUAGGUGUGUUCAGAGCUAGGACACAAUGUUGUUGAUGCAUGUACAUGUCUGCUUCUUCCUCUGUGUGCAUUUCAACAUCUGCUGAUCCUCUAUGUGCCGAUUUGUACUGCAUGUUCCUCAGGGCCUUUAUCUGAGCAGAUGGAGGCAGCUCUCACCAAGAGGCCCAUGUCCAACACACGGAGGGCAGCAGACAGGAGCUUGGGCCCCAUGCUGCCCAGCACCAGGGACCUCCUCAGGGAGUUCCACCAGCCAUUCAACCACAAACUGGCCACAAUCCUGGACAACAAAGCCUUCCACUGGACAGAGACAUGAGGAAUGGCUUCAUCCGAGAUGGAUACAGACCUGAGGAAUAAGUACUGUACCAAAUCCCCCAUGGUCCUUUGAGUCCUAUGAGAUGAACUGUCAAGUGGGAUAAGCCAUGGACAUGAAUUAAGUCACAAUGGGAGAACGUAUAGACAAUAAAAUGUCUGAGGUGCUCUGAAGUCCUGAAUAAUGCAACUGUCUAGUGCUUGAAGUUGAAAGGAUAAUAUUUUUUUUAUAUAUAUAUAUUUUCUUUGCCUUUCGUGAUAAUGAAUUUGACUGCGGUGCCCUUAUACUGUAUGUUGGAGAAGAGUUUGCUUUUUGUAGGAGACUCCUGGAAAACGACUGGGGUAGAGCCUGGUGGACUACUCCCUCUAGUGGAGAAGCUUUGACAUGACACAUAUUGAGAUAAAAAAGGGAGGCUUCACAAUGCUAAUGAUUGAUCAUUUUUGAUAUAAUUUCACUCUCAAUUAUUGUGAAACUAUUCUGUAAAAAACAAUAUUGGAGCAAACAGCACAAUGGAUUUGAUCAUGAUGUUGCCUUCAAUUUUCUUUAAAAACAAACAUGAAACAACUUGUCUUCAACGCCAUACUUUUUUAACUACAUUCAAUUAAGUAAAUGGCAAAGAAGUGACCACAUGUUCAUAACCUGCUUUUUUAAUGUGAAAUGCAAUGUUGAUGCCAUUCUACACUGCCCUAGACACACAAUGGACACGUCUUCACACCAGAGGGCAACAGAACCACAGAGACACACUAUGGAAUCUCAUUUCCCGUCAUGCAAGCCAAUGCAAGUCUAUUUUCUUACCAAAGAUUGGCAUAUUUGUUUCUAACUGAUAUUUUCCAGUAGUUUCGUUGUUUGUACACGCUCUGCACAUGGACACAUUAUGCGUAAACUCAAGCAUCAAGCCUAACUUGCCUGAUGGGCCACCCCCAGGUGGUGAGGGUAGGUAA